GGUAGUCGAGUGUUCCGGACGUGGCCAGUGAGCCUUGGGCCAUGUUUGCGGGCAAAGUUUUCGCGCUCUGAAGAUACCACGGCGCGAUGUUCGUAGACCUUCCUUCCCAAAGGAGGAUCUUGUUGCUGCUAGCAUGUUUCAUAAGUUCAUCGAAGACCUCAAGUGCCGCCGGGCCCAGUUGCCCGGUCGAAUGUUUCUGCCAGACGGUCGUCGGCUUCGAGGGAGCGAGCGAGCUGCUCGUCGCAUGUACGCGGGGUGACCAGAACACAAUUCCUGUCGAUCAGCUAGACAGGACUGCCAACAUCAUAGUCAUCGCUCCCCCGCCUACCCGUCCUAAUUACCUCACUAUUGGACCCAUCUUCACCCAGCCCGCCCCUUUCGCUAACCUUCGAGAACUGCACAUUGUCAAUUCCAACGUACCUUCCAUAGGUCAGUACUCUUUUUGGGGCCUUCAAAACUUAAGAGUACUAAACCUAACGCACAAUAACCUUACAAGCAUCGGCGCUGAUAAUUUCCGGGGACUCAUAAAUUUAACGGAUUUAUUCCUCGAUCAUAACAAUAUCGAACAGAUGCCGAGUGAAACAUUCCGACACCUCACAGCUCUCAGGACUUUGACCUUGUCGCAAAAUCAAAUAUCAGCAUUAGUACCUCGGCUCUUUCGUAUGCUGGCGAAAUUACUUUAUUUAGAUCUCAGUGACAAUCCUCUAGUCGAUUUAAACCCUGAAGUUUUCAAAGACAUUCAACAUCUAAGAUUUUUUAUUUGCCGGCGAUGUUUAUUGCGUAGAGUGAAUACCCAAAUAUACCACCUCGUCCCACAUCUCGAGGAGUUGGACUUGGGAGAGAACCAAUUCAAAUAUUUGACAUCAGAUGAAUUUAUCAGUCUGAAAAAGUUGAGGAAGUUGAAGUUGGAUGGAAAUCAAUUGUCGGUGAUCGUCGACAACAUGUUUGGUAGGAAUAGAGAGUUACGAGUUCUAACUCUGGCACGAAACCGUCUCGCCCUCUUGGCGCCAGCGGCCCUAAACAACCUCACCAACCUGAUGCAUCUGGACAUAAGCCACAAUAAAAUAGACAGGUUCCACCUGCAAACAUUCGCCCCAGCUGUCGAUUCCCUGAAAACAAUAAAUAUUAGCGGCAACAAUUUACCCCUCAAUGAAAUAGCUCUUGUUCUCCAAAUACUUCCCGAAAUUCAAAGUGUUGGCCUCGCUAAUUUGUCCCUGCAAGAAGUCCCACCUAAUUUUUUCAUCUAUAAUGAACACUUGGUAUCACUCGACGUAUCCUGGAAUAAAUUAACAAAGUUUCCUUAUAAACUCCUGACGAAGACAAAAUUCUUGCAAACAUUAGAUAUGUCUCGCAACAGAUUACAUACAUUAAACGAAGAGGAUCUUCAAAGACUCGAGGCGAUAGCACACAUUGACUUAUCAAAAAACCAUUGGCGUUGUGAUCACUGCUCGGUGGGGACGAUGUUGGCUUACAUGACCACUACGGUGUUGAAUUCCAGCAUACGACAUCUCACGUGCCAUUCUCCUCUCAGACUUCACGGUGUUACUUUUGGCGAAUUGGAUUUUGAUAAGCUGGAGCCUUGUAUGGGAACCCAUGAAGCCCAAAUGAGCGUAAUAGCGGGGUUGAUGUUGCUUUGCGUGGCUGUGUUUGCAGCAAUAGCAGCUGCUCUGUGCUGCACGCGCCGACGUACAGCUCAUUACUACACGAACGAGGAAAAGCGUAGAGAGCAUGCUUACGAACACCCGGAAGAACUGCUCGGCCAAACCGACUUGGGCAGUGUCGCGACUAUCCAUGCUCCCUACCAUCUCGUGACGAAGGGAAGUUAACAGCGUGCCCCCACACCGACAGUCCAGAGACGUGCCCUUCGCGUCUCAUUUCAAUCCCCUCCAGCUACUAGGCCACUCGAAUCCGCUCCACUUCGCUACCUCCCAACGCAUUUACAGCAUAUUUCCAGAGAAAUUAUGUGAUACGAUGAAGACGAUUUGGUUUAAAUCCAUGGACAAUUUUAUCGCUUUGUUUUAAUCUUAUUCUUACGUUUGACUUUUUACUGUUUCAAUUUCAAAAUCAAUUUAUUAUAAGCGAAAAGAACUUGACUAUUAUUAAUAAACUUUAUUUUAACUGACAUCGUAAACUUUUCGGAUGUUUAAAAUUUUUUGUAUUAAUAUUUUUAGUUACAAAUUAUUUCAUUGUAUUGUCUCAAAAAUAUAAUAAGUACAGAAAUCUGAGGCUCAGACCUAAAAAGGUUGAAACGCCACUAAUUUAUUUAUUUUAUUUAUUGUCUCAAAGAUAAUUUACCGUUUUUCCGUGUUUAAUUUUACAAUAAUGCAAUUAUUCUUAGUCUCUUUAACAAAAUUGUUUUUCGUAUGCUUGGGAGUCCGGCACCACCAUACGUUGUCUCCAUAUAUCGGUAGCUAGCCAUCAAAUUUUAAUACGAAAAAAAUAUUUUUCUACGACUAGAAUUUUUUUGUACUAUUCACUAGACUAAAAAAUAUAAAUAAUGUUAAACUCUAACAAACACGAAUUUCGGUAGGUUUUCUAAAUAAUUAGAUUUAUUCGGUAGAUACUCUAACUUCUUACGCUGUGUACUUCAGAAUGAUGUCUAAACUGGCUAACUACCUGAUUAUAAGUCCACUAAAACGUUGUUUGCUUUCACUUUCUUUAAUGGAAAUUAUUAAAAAUGUAGUUUUAUUUUUAUAGAAAGUGCUUUGAUAAAAAGACACGGAGAUCUGAUAAUUGUAUGCACCGUUUCUGCUCCAUUCUACCUACAACACAAAAAUACCUAUUCUCUGUACCAUAGAAUGGAAUAACCACAAUUAUUUCGAAAAGCAUUCAAAAUUAUUUGUUCCAAAAAAUAAUAUAAGUUAAAACCCCAUUAUCAGAUUGUGUUUUCUCCGUCCAUUCCGUUAAUUUGUUUACAGGUAAAAUAUUUAGCACCUUAUUAAAAAAAAAUUUCAUGGCAGUAACACAUUCAAUAUACUAUUAGGAAUAAUUCCUGUAUUCAAUUGAAUAAAAAGAUUGCUUUUAAUAAAAAUAGUAUUGACGAGGGAUAUAGCAUUGUCAUGUACGGCAGUGAAACGCAUAUUCAGUCGGUACAUA